AACAUGAAGACAGACAGACAGACAGACAGACAGCCGACCAACUGGAACAGCUGUUGAUAUCAGCCUCUGUCUGGAGCAGUGCCUCCAACGCAGUUGAAUUGACCAAUUGAAUGCCAGAAGACUGUUUCAACGGGAGUGUACUUCGAUACGUAGACUCUUUUAUUUGCUAAAUCGUUUAUUACACUUGGCAGGUAGACAACGAAAAACAACUGCUACCUCUGAAGGACAUUGUUGACUUUUUCCUGGGCACACUAGAGUUAAAGUCUCACCACGAUUAGGCCGAUUGGAUUGAAAUCAGCCACUAAAGAGGCAACAUGUCUGGGAUCAAGAGUUCAGUGAAUUUGCUGAGGGUCGCAGUGAGGUCGCAGAUCGUCUCCAAAGCCGCCCUGUCACACAAGCCUGCGAAGCACCACAUAUCCGCGGGCGAGCAAGCCAUUGCAUUGACAGUCUUUUUCAUCACCAUCCUGGGUCCGUCUGGUUAUGUCCUGGCCCACCUGGAGGACUACAAGCACCACUCCUAAGUGGACCUGUCCGGACUGACCCCCGAUCCACUUCACCGAUGAAUUACUCCAGAUGGCUUCUCCUGAAGUCUCCUAAACCCUUUAUAUGAGGGAUGAUUAUAUUAAUGAAUGUACCAAUAAAUGAAUGUCCCAAUACUA